AUGACCGGGGUCGCCCAUCCACUAUAUCAGUUAGACGGGCGCGGCUUAAACCACGGAAACAGGAACCCGUCUUUGACAAAGUCAAUAUUUACCACGCCUGGUGCUUGUGCGUUGAUUGCGACAGAUGAUAUGCUUGGCUUGUACCCAGCAAGUGUCCAGCCUCCUGCAGAAACAAUCGAACCCAGCGUCGCUUUCCGGGGGACUUUGCCGAGCUCACCCUGUUACAAGGUAGAGCCAUCAACACCUUUGAAGGGACAAAUGCCUUCCUCGGUCAUUUUCAGCAGCAGUCCCCUGUCGGUGAGCUCGCCACGGAUUGUGCCAUCCCAGCACGACGUGGAUGACUAUUCAUAUGCCUCCUUACAGCAAGCUCUCAGCAGGACGAAGCGACAACGUGGCGGAAACGACCGUUUGCAACGUCGGACUUACGAACGAAAACGUCCUGUCGGGUCGUCCUCAAACCCCAAAAGCUCACCGACCCAGACUGGUAUGGAGUGUGCCUUGGUGAUCGAGCAGAACGAGUUCGCCUGCAGCUACCCUGGCUGUAUCGACAAGCACACCGGCAAGCAGAAGAGAUUCAAACGUCAAGAACACAAAAAGCGACAUGAGAAGACUGUACAUGAGAAAACGCAGCACACCACAUACACAUGCUGGGUGCCUGACUGUGGGCGAGGAUUCAGCAGGACCGACAACCUUAAAAGUCAUCUGAGGAACACUCACUCCAAAAGACCCGGUGUUCGGGGCAAUCGAUAUGUUGCCACCCUGGACAAGAACAGCGAGUUCUAUGACCCGGACUGGGUUGGUGAGCUCGAUAAAGACGGAUAUCCGAUGUCCUCAUAG